GGCGAAAGAGCGCCAAACCGUUUGGAGUAAGGCUACGGACAGCUGGACGCCUCCACCGUUCAGAAAGAGCCCCUGCACUGCAUCAAGCACGCACACGCCCAAAAAGAAAAUAAAUUAUAAUUAUCUCACACACACUCACGCAGAAGUAACGCAAAAAGAUUUCUAGAGAGAGGAAAAGUAAAGUACAGUGCAGAGGUGAAAAGUUUACAGAGAGCCAUAAAGAGUUCUCAACAAAAUACUGCAGAAGUUUCAACUGCAAAAGUUUCAAGCAAAUAGCAAAGUUUUUCACGAAAAAAGUAUAGAUUUCCUUUUCAAAAGGAAAUUAUUUUGUUAGGUGUCUGAGUUUUGGAAUUGGAUCAUUUUUCUUGAUGUUGAAUGUUGGAGUUUUCUUGAGAGAAUAGGGGAUAAUUUCUUCUGGGGUUUCCUUUAAAUAUAGCCACAAGUGCAAAUUUUUUAUUAAACAUUCAAGAAAAUAGCAAAUUUAAAAAAAAAAAAUAUUAAAGAUUUCCUUUUUAUUACUUAUUGGAUUAUUUUGUUGGUGGGUCUGAGUUUUUGGAUGGGAUCAUUUCAUUGAGGUGGAAUGUAAGGUUUUCUUUUUAACAUACAAUGAAAUAGCGAAAAUUUUCACAAGAUUAGAAAAGAAUUCAAUUUUAUUACUUCAUUGGAAUUUUUUGCUGGUGGGUCUGAAUUUUGGGAUGGGAUCAUUUUCUAUAAGUGGAAUGUUGGAGUUAUUUGCCAUAACUUUUUGUGGGGUUUUUCUCUAAAUGUCCCCAUUAAGUGUAUUUUCUUUAUGUAGAAAAGUUGCAUUUUCUAAUUAGCUGGUGAGUUUAUGUAGUUAAUCACACACACAUAUAUACAGUGUUUUGUAUGUAUAUGUGUUGAUGAAGAAGAUGAUGGAAAGAGAGGUCAUCACACCUCUGUUGGUGGUGUUAAUACUCGUGGUUUAUCCCUUCAGGUUCAUUUAUGCUAAUAUGGAAGGUGAUGCAUUACAUACCCUUAGGGUAAACUUAGAAGAUCCUAACAAUGUUUUACAGAGUUGGGAUCCCACUCUUGUCAACCCUUGCACAUGGUUUCAUGUCACUUGCAACAACGAUAACAGUGUAAUAAGAGUUGAUCUUGGGAAUGCUGCUUUAUCUGGACAACUGGUCCCACAACUUGGCCUGUUGAAGAAUUUGCAGUACCUGGAGCUGUACAGUAAUAACUUAAGUGGGCCAAUACCCACUGAUCUUGGUAAUCUGACUAAUUUGGUGAGCUUGGAUCUGUACUUGAACAGUUUCACUGGUCCCAUUCCGGUGACUUUGGGCAAGCUAUCGAAGUUACGCUUCCUUCGGCUAAAUAACAACAGCUUGACAGGCGCCAUCCCCAUGUCAUUGACUAAUAUCUCAACGCUACAAGUGCUGGAUUUGUCAAACAAUCAACUUUCAGGUGCUGUUCCAGAUAAUGGCUCGUUUUCUCUAUUCACCCCAAUCAGUUUUGCGAAUAACUUGGAUCUAUGUGGUCCUGUCACUGCACGUCCUUGCCCUGGAUCUCCUCCAUUCUCUCCACCCCCUCCAUUUGUCCCACCACCCCCAAUAUCUUUACCAGGAGGAAAUAGUGCAACUGGAGCCAUUGCUGGUGGAGUUGCUGCUGGUGCUGCUCUUCUCUUUGCAGCCCCUGCCAUUGCAUUUGCAUGGUGGCGUCGAAGAAAACCACAGGAAUAUUUCUUUGAUGUACCAGCUGAAGAGGACCCUGAAGUCCACUUGGGGCAACUUAAAAGGUUCUCUCUUCGAGAAUUGCAAGUUGCUACGGAUAGUUUUAGUAAUAAAAACAUUCUGGGAAGAGGCGGCUUUGGGAAGGUUUAUAAAGGACGAUUAGCAGAUGGUACACUGGUGGCUGUCAAAAGACUUAAGGAGGAGCGGACACCGGGUGGGGAGCUUCAAUUUCAAACAGAAGUAGAGAUGAUCAGCAUGGCAGUUCAUCGUAAUCUCCUUAGACUGCGUGGCUUUUGCAUGACUCCAACUGAACGUCUACUUGUUUAUCCAUAUAUGGCUAAUGGAAGUGUCGCAUCAUGUUUAAGAGAACGUCCACCAAAUGAACCGCCACUUGAUUGGCCGACACGGAAGUGCAUUGCUUUAGGAUCUGCCAGAGGAUUAUCAUAUUUGCAUGAUCACUGUGAUCCAAAGAUCAUUCAUCGUGAUGUGAAGGCUGCAAAUAUAUUGCUUGAUGAAGAGUUUGAGGCUGUUGUUGGGGAUUUUGGUUUGGCUAAACUUAUGGAUUAUAAGGAUACGCAUGUUACUACUGCUGUGCGUGGAACCAUUGGACACAUAGCUCCUGAGUACUUGUCCACUGGAAAAUCUUCUGAGAAAACGGAUGUUUUUGGAUAUGGAAUUAUGCUUCUUGAACUAAUAACAGGGCAGAGGGCAUUUGAUCUAGCUCGCCUUGCAAAUGAUGAUGAUGUCAUGCUACUUGAUUGGGUGAAAGGGCUUCUAAAAGAGAAGAAAUUGGAAAUGCUGGUUGAUCCUGAUUUGCAGAAGAAAUAUGUUGAGGCAGAAGUGGAGCAGCUAAUCCAGGUUGCUCUUCUAUGCACACAGAGUUCCCCGAUGGACCGGCCCAAGAUGUCAGAAGUGGUGCGAAUGCUAGAAGGGGAUGGCUUGGCUGAGAAGUGGGACGAAUGGCAAAAAGUGGAAGUUCUCCGCCAGGAGGUGGAACUAAUUCCACAUUCUAGUUCCGAUUGGAUAGUUGAUUCCACCGAAAAUUUACAUGCCAUUGAGUUAUCCGGUCCAAGAUGAAGAUGACCUCAAGAAAAACAAGUCAAGAAAAUUUGCUAGGUUUCCUUCUUUCGCCUUUUCUUUUUCUAUUAAAUUACUCACACCCUGUUGUUAAUUCUAACAAAAUUAACCCCAUUUGGGUCUGCUGGGAACCCACGGCGAACUAUACUCUGUUAUGUUUGUGCAUAUGAUUUUGAAAUGUCAAGGCAUGUUUACAUACAAAUCCUUGUGAAGUUGAAUGCUAGCUUGGAAAGUUAUACUGUUAGAUUGUGUUGUACGCUGCAUUUUCUUUUGGCAUUUCCUAGAUUAAGGCUGUUGUUCUCA